CAGCAUUCUGCGGGCCACGGCGCACCGCGCAGCGCACAUGAAGGAGGAGGAUGUUCACCGGGGAGCGGAGUUCAACCAGCGACGGGGCUCACACAGACCCGCAGGCUGACGCCAUGGAUUACAAGGUUGUGUUCGCAGCCUUGGACACCGUGUGUGAAGACAUCGCCUCUGCUCUGUGUGGGCCUCCUGACUUGCCGUACGGUGAUGUUGCCGAGCGCUUGGUCACAUCCAUGAGGCAGAUCCAGGAGCACGGCCGCGCUCUGGAGCCUGUGGUCGGCAGCUUCACCGCAGUUUACCACCAUUAUGAUUUUGACGCACAAACGCCUGGGAAUGGAUACCGCACCUUGGUCAAGGUCUUGCUCUCCUGUCUUUUGCACAUCAUCCACAAGGGCCGCUACAUCGCCUCCAACUGCCACGGUGCCUUCUUCAGGGCCGACCACAACGCCGCUGAGAUGGAGGCGUACUGCAGCGCGCUGUGCCAGCUGCGAGCCCUGCUCUACCUCGCCCAGCGGCUCAUCAACGACAACGACUACGGCCAGCUGUACUCCCUGCAGGACGGGGACCUGAGCCGCAGUUUCGUGCAGGAGUACAGCUCCAUGCACAAAGCCUGUUUCUACGGACGCUGCCUGGGCUUUCAGUUCUUGCCAACCCUGCGUCCAUUUCUCCAGACUGUCGUCAUAAGCAUGGUUUCAUACGGAGAGAGCUAUGGCAAACAGCAGUCUGGGAUGGGCAAGGCGGCCCUUUCACUCCUCACAUCAGGGAAGUACGUCAUUGAUCCAGAGUUGAGGGGGGAUGAGUUUGAGCGCAUAACCCAGAACCUGGACCUGCAGUUUUGGAAGUCUUUCUGGAACCUCACAGAGUCGGGCCUUAUAACAGGCUUGAACAGAAUAGCCUCUAACCCGGUUCAGGUGAACCUCACCCUGACUGUGCCUCCUGUGCCGCUACGCCUCCCUCUGGCCUCAGACCCCAACCUCUCUGCCUCCGUGUCUCCUCCUCUGGCCCACUGGGGCCCGGGGCCAGUCCACAUGCGUCUGAUCUCACACCGGCUCAGAGAGGGACAGGACAGUGAGGAGCUGCAGUCCUUCUCUCGGACCGAUCCUCCACCCAUCUCUCUCUCCAUCGCCCCCUGGGCUCAGAGAGGCCCUCUCUCCCCCUGGCUGCUCAUCCACUUCCACGGCGGCGGCUUUGUGGCCCAGACCUCCAAAUCCCACGAGAAUUACCUCAGGAGCUGGUCGAAGGUUUUGAGUGUCCCUAUCCUGUCUGUGGACUACUCUCUGUCACCCGAGGCUCCGUUUCCCAGAGCGCUGGAGGAGUGUUUCUACGCCUACUGCUGGGCCCUGAAAAACUGUCAUCUGCUGGGCUCCACGGCAGAGCGAGUUUGUCUGGCGGGGGACAGCGCCGGGGGAAAUCUCUGCAUCACCGUAUCGAUGAAGGCGAUAGCCAGCGGCAUCCGAGUCCCCGAUGGCAUCAUGGCCGCCUACCCCGCCACCUUGCUCACCACUGACGCCUCGCCCUCCCGCCUGCUCACGCUCAUUGACCCGCUGUUACCUCUGGGUGUGCUCGCCAAGUGCCUGAAUGCCUAUGCAGGCGCAGAGUCUCAGACGGUGCAGCCUGAAAUGGGGCCCACCAACCUGAGCGCCCUGGGCCGAGACACGGCCCUGCUGCUCAGCGACCUCACCCAGGGCGCCGCCAACUGGAUCCAGUCGUUUCUGGGUCCCACGCGGAAUUCAAUUGGAGGCCGCUCACAGAGAAGCUCCUCGGGCGGCGAGACCCGCAGGACGUUCUCCUGCACCUCCGCAACAAGCUGCAGAGAUCCCAUGGAUUACCCAGAGGGCUUUGAGCCCCUGCGCUCCGAGUGCCUGGCUUUUGUUCACCCAACUUCCUGCCCCAUUAUCAAGAACCCGUUUGUGUCGCCCCUGCUGGCUCCAAAUAACCUGCUGAGAGGCCUGCCGCCCGUACACAUCGUGGCCUCUGCUCUGGACGCCUUGCUGGACGACUCGGUGAUGUUUGCCAAGAAGCUGCGGGACAUGGGCCAGCCCGUGAGUCUGACGGUGGUGGAGGACCUCCCGCACGGCUUCCUCAGCCUGUCCCAGCUCGCCAAGGAGACGGAGGUCGCCUCAAACAUCUGUGUGGAGCAAAUAAGAGAGAUCUUCCAGCAGCAGGGCCCGCCCCCCGGUCCUCACAAGAGACCAAAGUUGGACAGGACUAAUCACAAAACCGGCCCCUCUGGUUGAUUUAUCUCUCAUCUUGGAAACAUGUAGAGUUAAAAAAAAAAAAUGUGUGAGAUACAUAAAUUUAAAUUAAGGAGAAACAGUGACAACAAAAAUAAAUGUGGAGGCAAAAGAAGGAUAUUGCACUUGGAGCUCAUAUUUUUGUGAAGAAAAUAUAUUUUCUGCAGGCAAAGAUUCGAGAGCCACUGUAACCAUUCACUUUGUUGAAAAAUUAACCAAAAAUUCAAACAUAACAAAUUAGUCUAACAUCACACUGAAAGAUGAGAAAACAGGACUUAAAGGUAUUUUUUCUAGUCAGAUUUAUAUGUUUAAUAUCCAGGUCAAACUCACAUUAAAGUAUAGUUGUACCUUACCAGAAACUUCACACUGGAUAACACAGAAGAGAUUAAAUAAAUCACUAAACGAGCCUUUGCAAUAAUUUUUUGAACUACCAUCUCACUCGUCGUGCCUUGAAAUUACAGCCGUACUGUAUAAAAUUAUAUUUGUGUAUGAAAAAAAAAAAACUUUGCCUACAUUAACAGAUUGUACAGGAUCAAGGUCUACAGGGAAGAUGUGGUGUAAUGUGUUGGCGAGAAGCGUUUGGUCUGAUGUCGCCUGAUUUUUUUUUUUUUUCAUGUUUACAGCAUACAGCUAUUGAUAAGGUGGCCUUCACCUAAUAUUGACCAGCAGUGUGUGAGUGUGACUUGUUGUACUGUAAAUGGAAAUCCUAAACAUGUAACGUGCACUGUAAUAUUUAAAGCCUGUAUUAAAACCAAAAAUAUGAACAUU